ACGAGGGCUCAACAACCCGCUGGAAGCUGACAAGUUCUGCCCAUCGGGAAUGUUGCUAAUUUGCGCGUCCCGUCCCAAUCCUCUCAGCGGCCUGACGUAGCCGCUGCUAGCUAGCUACUAAAUUCUUCCAUCCCUCCCUGUGAGGGCGAUUCCAGAGUUCGGACGCCUCUUUCGUCUUCCUUCCAUGGUAAUUGGAGGAAAGUUCCUCAAGAGUGACACGGAACACCAACUCGGUGUCUCGAGUGCACGCGUCCGCCUGACAAAUGCGCCACCUACAGUUCGCAUCGUGCACUCCGGACCGGCGUGCGACGUGGAGGAGGAACGGCACAGCGAGCGAGUCUACACCAUCCGAGAAGGAGAAACCCUGGAACUGGUCUGCCUGGUCACCGGACACCCUCGACCGCAGGUGCACUGGACGAAAACGGCGGGCGGAAGUUGGGAGCGCCACGGCGAUUCGUGGGCGCAGAAGGACACUCUGAAGAUUGAAAGUAUCCAGCGCCACCAGGGGGGGCGCUACUACUGCAAGGCGGACAACGGCAUCGGGACGCCCGCCAUACGAUCCAUACGCGUUGACGUGUACUUUCUGGACCAGCCGCUGAUCACGGUGCAUCAGAGCGCCGGCGACGGCAAAGAUCGCUUCUACGCAGAGCGGACGGUCUUCCUGCGCUGCGUCGCCGCGUCCAAUCCGCCCGUCGGGUACACCUGGAGGAGAGGUCGCCAGGCGCUGUCGCAGGGAGCGGACGCCGGCGUGGACAUCUACGAGCCCUUUUUCACCCAGGGCGAGACCAAGAUCCUGAAGUUGAAGAACCUGCGUCCUCAAGACUUCGCCAACUACACGUGCGUCGCCUCCGUCAAGAGCGUGUGCGACAUCGCCGACAAGAUCGCGCACUUCAGCCUCAGCAACAGGACGGCCCCGCCCUCCGUCAGGCUGCUCCUGGACGACCCCCUGGUGGUCAACCCGGGCCAGAAGGUCACGCUGGUGUGCGCGGCGUCCGGCGGGGACCCCCCGCCCGCCCUCCGCUGGCUGCGCCCCGGGGGGGAGGCGCUCCCCAAGAGGAGCGUGACCGAAGGCGGCACGCUCAGCAUCCCCGCCGUCGGCGAGGACGACGGCGGCGCCUACAGCUGCGUGGCCGACAACAACGUGGGCAACGCGGCCAGGAAGUCCGCCAACGUUCUGGUCAGAGGUCUCCGCAAGGCUCGCUUCUGGAUCACGCCGGACCCGUACCACAACGACGACCACAUCCAGAUCGGACGCGAGGUGAAGAUCAGCUGCCAGGUGGAGGCCACGCCCCCCGAGGAGCUGCAGUUCGCCUGGAUGAAGAACGGUCGCCCGCUGCGCAGCUCCGAGCGAAUGGUCAUCACGCACACGGACGCGGAGAUGUCGCCGGGCGUCACCAACCUGGACAUCAUCGACCUCAAGUUCACCGACUUCGGCACCUACACGUGCGUGGCGUCGCUCAGGGACGGAGGAAGUCCCGAGAUCAGCAUCGACGUCAACAUCUCGUCCACCACAGUUCCUCCGGAGCUGACGGUGCCCAGGGGGCGCUCUCACAUCGUCGCGCAGGAGGGCGACACGGUGGAACUCCAGUGUCUGGUCUCGGGCAAACCCAAACCCGUCAUCCUGUGGUCCCGCACGGAGGACGCUCCGGCGGGGGUGUCCGCCGAGGCGCCGGACGGCUCGCCUCUGCCGGACGAGGACGGCGGCGCCCGGGCCGAGAGCUCCGACGGCAUCCUGAGGCUCGCCAACGUGACGCGGGAGAUGGGCGGGACCUACCGCUGCCGGACCAGCCAGUACAACGGCUUCAACGUCAAACCCCGACAGGCCCUCAUCCACCUCGUUGUGCAGUUCCCGCCCGUGGUGGAGCCGACGUUCUCGGAGGUGCGCCAGGCUCUGGGUCGGGCCUUCACCCUGACGUGCCGCCUGCUGCGCGCCCACCCCGCCCGCCUGCUGCGCUACGAGUGGAAGUUGGGCUCCCGCCUCCUGACCGUGGGCCAGUUCGACGAGCAAAGCGACGACACGCGCUACCAGGUGCGGGCGCUCAACCGCGAGGGCUACGGCGAGUACACCUGUGACAUCAGCAACGAGGCGGGAGCGGGGAGGUGUAGCUUCCUGGUCACGGGGAAGGCGUACCCUCCCGAGUUCUACUACGACACGCGCGGCGCCCUAUGGCAGAACCGGCCUCGCUCGUACGGCUUCAAGUUGCAGUGGACCCAGAUGGAACCUGCCGGCGUGGACCGCAUCCUGGCCUACAGGCUGGGCAUACGUCAGGUGGGACAGGGCCAGUGGUGGGAGCAGGAGAUCCCCACGGAGGCCGCCGUCCGCAAGGGGGAGCUGCUGACCUACAACCUGACGGACCUGGUCAAGCCCGAGUCCUACCUGGUCCGCCUGACUCCCAUCACGCGCUACGGCGAGGGCGACGCCACCGAGCGCAUCAUCGCCUACAGCGCUCCGGUCAAUCCACACCUCAGGGAGUUCCAGUGCGCUUUCGAGGACGAGGCCUUGUGUCUCUUCUCGCAGGACAAAAGCGACGACUUCGACUGGACCCGCCACAGCGCAGCGUCCCGCGACACCAAGUACACGCCCAACACCGGACCCGGCGCCGACCGUCGUGGCUCCAAACAAGGGCAUUACGUUUACAUCGAGACGUCGCGGCCCAGAAAGGAGGGCGACAAGGCCCGCCUGGUGUCGCCUUCCUUCAACGCCGCCUCCAAGAGCGGCGCCACCUACUGCCUGGCCUUCUUCUACCACAUGUACGGCAAGCACAUCGGCGCGCUCAACGUCUUCCUGCGCCAGAAAGGCGCGACGGCGUCAGACACGUCGCUGUGGAGUCUGAGCGGCAACCAGGGCGACCGCUGGCGCCGCGCAGCCGUCGAGGUCGACGUUCACCCCGGUGCCGACUUCCAGGUGGUCCUGGAAGGGGUGCGCGGCGCCGGCAUCGAGGGCGACAUCGCCGUCGACGACGUCGGCCUCCAGGAGGGCCGAUGCCAGGAUCCGCCGUCCAACAAUUUGAUCUCGCACGCCCCGACCCGUCGGCCCGCCUUGUGGCUGCUGCCAAUCGCUUUGAGUUUGACUCUGAUCGGCCGACGGAGGUGACGUCGCGAUGACCUUCGGCCUCCGCCCCCGCCGCGCCUUGACGGCUGUUGGCUUAGCUUAGCUUAGCUUUCGUCCCCAGGUGUUUCGAAGCAGCAAUCCCGCUGACCCCCCCCCCCCCCGACCCCGUGACCCCUUCUGGACCUCGUGAGCCUGUCAAACUUGAUGACCGGCAAGUACUCGCGCGCACAUUCACACGUCCUGAAGGAGUACCCGCGGGGUCCUGAGCAUUUUUAUUGUUUCGGAGUCCGUCCGCCAUGACACUCAAGUGCCUUCAGAUGGAGCCACGGCGACGACAAAGACGCCCGAAAGGAGGAUUCCGACGCGUCAGGACGUCCCCCCCCCCCCCCAAAACGAGGCUUCCCGAUUGGUCGGAUGUUCCCAAAGUGGGCGUUGCCACUCCAAUAAAGUCCACAGUGUGGAAUUUAUUUUUCAACAAGCACAAAAAAGACAAAACGCCUGAGUCUACCCCCCCCCCCCCCCCGAUCCUGCCAGAGGGAAGGAAAAUUUCAACUUCCUGUCUCGGCAGGAAGUCGAGGACGGCAGCGUUUGAUUUCGUCUUUCCUUUUCCUUCAGCAUGUUUUACAAACAAAAAAAAUGUCGGACUGCAGACA